UUCUCCUUUUUAGUUUCAAGUUUAUUCUAAGACCCUACAUCUCUCCAGUCCAGUUGGCAACCGGGGGCCACAGAGAAAAUGUCUACUCCCAUAGGAGUCCCUGCCCUGCUAUGGAUAGCUCUGCUGCUCUUCUCUCCAGAUGGCAUGGCAGCAGUCAUCCAGGAAUCUCAGGUGUCCUUGAAUCCCCCAUGGAAUCGAAUAUUUAGAGGAGAGAAUGUGACUCUCACAUGUAUUGGGAACUAUUCCCUUGAAAAUUACCCCACCAAUUGGACACACAACAACAAAACUUUGGAAGUGAAAACUUCGAGUUGGGACCUUAAGAAUGCAAAACCUGGGGACAGCGGCAAAUACAGAUGCCAAAGCAAAGACUUUACAAUGAGUGAACCUGUGCACCUAGAAGUCAUCAGUGACUGGCUGCUCCUUCAGACCUCUGUCCCGGUGGUGAGGGAAGGCCAGUCCUUCCUCCUCAGGUGUCACGGCUGGAAGAAUCUGAAUGUCUAUAAGGUGAUCUACUACAAGGAUGGCAAAGCCCUCAAGUACUGGUAUGAGAACCACAACCUCUCCAUUACCAAUGCCAAAAGAGAAGACAGUGGCUCUUAUUGGUGCACGGGCAUAAUUCAGAAAAUACCAAAAAACUCUACUACUCUCACCAUUACCAUACAAACAGAUUCCCCUUCAGUUCCCUCGAACUAUUACUGGCUACAGCUUCAUAUCCCAUUGUUGGUGGCGAUUCUGUUUGUUGUGGACACAGGGCUACUGAUCUCAACCCAGCAGCAGUUCAGAUUUCUCUUGAAAAUUAAGAAGACCAGGAGAGGCAAAAAAUUUACAGACCCACAGCCUAGCUCAGACCCCCGAACGGACUGAUAACCCUGCUCAAGAAACAUCUGCGAUAGCAAUUUCUUUUCAGUAUCAGCAAUUGCUUCUCAGUUGUCACAGUUCAUAGGUACCUAGAAAAUGCUCAAGGCUUUACAUAACUGCUUCAUUGAACCAACUGUAACUGGCAUGUAAUAAUCAGUGCUCAAUAAACAUCAGUUAAAUAAGAAAAA